UGCCACACAUCUAAGCCCGAAGCUGGCCCUCCUCCUGGCCCCGAACUGAAACGCUUCGGAAGUUUCUGAGGGCCGCAGCCUGGUUUAAGGAAAGGGCUCCGCUCGAGAGAGCUCAUCAUAACCACACCUACGCUUUUAUCUUCCUCCGGAGAGGGCCUUCUCGUGGUCACAAAAGCAAAUUCCUUCGGCCAUAGCGGUUCUCGCGGGGAGUUGAUGAGAUCAGCACAGCCUUCUGGGAAAUGUAGUCCAGACUGGCGCCCACAAACAUGGCGAAACGGCCUGGAGGGAGGUUGUUCUGAAUCAUCUCAGCGCCCUACCUGACUUAACCAGUGCUUGCCCAGGCGCCGCCUGCGACCUGGGAGUGCUCCUUCGUGCUCGAAGUGCGCAGACACAUCGGCUCGCACUUUGUGCUUUUGUGCAGAGUUCUAUGAUCUUCCAGAAGUGACCUGAGGAGCAAGGAAGCAUGGAUAUUGUGGAUCUAAAAACCACGUUCGAGGUGAGACCAGUGCAAGAUGAAUCACUAACUCUAUGGAGGGCAUCAUACAAGUGUACUUCACAAGCUUCGUGGAGAAAUGGAAUUAAAAUUUUGGAGUUGGUGAUGUUCAGCGACGUCGCUAUUGAGUUCUCCGAGGAGGAGUGGGAGUACCUGGGUCCUGCUCAGAGAGACCUGUACAGAGAUGUGAUGCUGGAGAACUACAGCAACUUCGUAUCACUGGGUAAGUGCACCUGUUCCCUGCAGUUCAGAAAAUGCUCUCUCCACUGGAAUUCUAGGGCUGCAUUAAAUAUGUAAGUUUCUGUUCCCUCUUCUAAAACCCUGGUUUGAACUUUGUCUUGCUGGAAUAAUGUGCCUCCCUCAGGCACUUUCGUAUUUCCUGUUCUUCACCAACCUUAACAGCUUCCGUUGGCUCUUUAUGUAAUGGACUUUUCUUCGUGACACUUAAGGAAAUAGAUUAUGAUGGAGAGAUGUUUGCAGAACAACCUGUAGAAUUUAGGAGAUGGUGGUUCAUUUAAAAUUUAGGCAAACGGCAUCUCCUGGCAUUUUUAUUUUUGAAAGCUACAAUCUAGGAAUUUUGCGUUUAAGAUUAAAGGACUUGCAUAGGAAGACUCACUGAUUAUGUCUUGAAGUGAAGUGUCUUGUUUUUCUUACCAAAAUAACUAGAGAUAGGGUGCAUGUGUGUAUUUAAAUAAGACCUUUCCACCUCAUUUAUUGUUUUGUUCCUUGUCCUCCUUCGGUCAGCUUAAUGGGAAAAUAUUCCAAUCUUCAUUCUGCUGCUCAAAAGCUUUUCUGAGGCCCAUUUUUAAGAAUUUUUAAAUAAAUUUAAGAGUUAGAAUUGAACAAUAACUGCCCAUAUACUUUCCAGCCAGUUCCCCCAGUGUUACACAUUUAUGUAAGCAUAGACAGUGACUAAAUCAGAAAAUGAACAUUGAUACAUUAUAAAGCUAUCUACACUUUAUUAACUAUCCUGGUAGCAUUUUUGUACUGAUCCAGGAUCACACAUUGUAUUUAACUGUCAUGUCUGUGUAGGCCUCUCCAAUCUUGGAUAUUGCCUUUCUCUUUCGUGAACUGUGCUGGCCUGUUAUUGCAUAGAAUAGCCUGGAUUUCGGUGUGUCUGGUAUUUUAUGAUUAGAUUAAGCUUAUGUGUUUUUGGCAAGAAUACCACAGAAAUGAUGUUAUCCCUUUUUCAGUGCAUCAUAUCAGGAGAUAAAUGAUGUCCACAUGUCUUGUUACUGGUGAUGCUAACUUUGAUCUGUUUGUUAAAGUGGCGUCCUCUAGGUUCUGCAUUGUAAAGCCACUACUUUUACUUUUGCAAACAGUAAGUAGCUUGUUGUGAAGUACUUUGAAACUCUACAAAUAUUCUCUUUCUUGUGAUACUUUCCUCACUUAUUUUAGUUUUCAUUGAUGAUUCCUGCAUGCAAUAAUCAUUUACGCUGGUGUUUGCCAAAUGGUGAUUUUCUGUUUCCAUCAUCCUUCUGAGGAAACUGAAUUUGCUUUAGGUUAAACCAGCUCUAAAUCACAAUAGGUUUUGGUUUCUGUAUUUUUAAUAUCCUAUUUCUUU